UGGAGAGCCGGGUCAGCCGGGUCACGCGCCCGGCUGGGGAACUGCACGACCUGGCUGAACAGAUAACACCGGGUCCAGUCUGACCCGGCUGAAAAAUGUCUCAAACUGACAAUGGAUUCCUAAAAUACCGGUAUUAUACGACUCGCGGACCCCAUCUGUUGGAAAUCUAGCGCAACCGUACACCAUGGUACACACUACACUCAGACUACAGUCUACAAGCGACAGAAACUCGGCUAAGGUCAACUGGGGUCAACUGGUUCGAGCGCGAUCAAGCAAUCCGGCCAGGGGCGAGCAGGAAGUCAGGACAUUCAAAGUCGAUGGGGCAGGCAGUCGAGUCAGAAGCGUAACUUUGGCUAUAGCAGCUAAGCUUUUGACACAGUUGCAAAUUUUUAGGCGACUGGUGAUUUGGACGAUGGAGCCCGCAGCGAAGAGAAAAAGAACUCACGCUUUCCAAGACUCUUGGAAGAAAGGUCGACCUUGGCUGGACUACGACCAUGCCAGUCUAUCCAUGUCAUGCGCUUUGUGCAAGACGCAUUUCCAAAGGAAGACGAGCGGCGGUGGAUUUGGUCACGAUGCGUGGUUGAAAGGUAAGAACUCACUGCUUCGAAUUAUCGGCAUGCUUCUCGACCCUACCCUAGCUUUCGACAUCCGCUCCAGUAAUCAUUUUGUCUGCGCCGGACUAAAAAUACCCUUUUCCUCUUUGAACUAUUUUGGAAGGUUGCCGACGUCUAAAGGUUGAAGUAGUCGCGGAGCACGAACCUAGUAAAGGACACCGUGAUGCUGAGGCUGCAGCGAAGAUCCGUCAGUCCGCGGCAAAGCAGGGUGGAUUCUUUGCUCGUCAGGCGGUUAGACGAGAUGAGGCAGCUGUUGCGGCUAUGCGAACACUGCUUUGGCUGGUGAAGGAAAACGUCGCUCUUGAGAAAUGGAACUCCUUGAAAGGUCUGUUGUCCGAGUCGGGUGUCUCAGCCAUCUCCCACCUGCAUCUUGCUGGCAACGCAACGUACACGAGCCACAUCGCUCGGGACGACAUGCUGGCGGCCCUAUAUACACCUGUGCAUGCUGAGACGCUGCAGAUCAUCCAGCAAGCGACAUUCAUCGGCGUGAUGGUGGAUGAGACCACGGAUGUGUCCAAUCUUGGCCAGAUGGCGAUCCAUUUGCGCUGUGUAUCAAACGGUCGAAUUACCACCCGAUUCGGCGGCCUCUGCGAGAUUGGUCCGCGUAAUGCUGUAGCUCUCCAAACAGCCAUGGAGGAGAAGCUUCGUGAACUCAACCUGGACUGGCGCAAGUGCCACUUGGCGAGCGACGGAGCCAGCGUCUUCACCGGCAGGCUGAAUGGUGUCUGCGUGCGCCUGAUUCGUGACCACGACAUGCGUCAGAGCCUGGCGGCCCACUGCAUCUGCCACCGGGAAGCCCUCGCAGCAGCGGACGCGGUCAAGGCGGUCCCUUAUCUGUACGACAAGGUGAAGCCCACCAUCGCUGGCAUUUACCGUCUAUUUGCCAACUCCGGCGUCAAGGAGGCCAAGCUCCACGCCCUCCAGGAGGAGCUCACGCUGCCCAUACUGAAGCUCAAGGAGCCCAAGGACGUGCGGUGGCUAUCGUACGACGCGGCAAUCUCUGCCUUCCGGAAGUGUUUCGCCGCCAUCCUGCUGGAACUGCAGCGACAGAGUGUUGAGGCCAGUGAUGCUGCCGCGAAAGCUUGGCUCAAGAGAAUCAAGACGUAUGAGUUUGUUGCCAGCCUCUCCCUCCUAGCUGACGCCCUGCCGCUGCUUGCUAGCCUGUCCAAGAAGUUCCAGGCCGCCACGAUCAACUUUGCCCAGCUUGAGCCGCAUGUCAACUCAAUGAUAACGGCAAUCCAACUCCUGAAAGAGAAGCCAGGGCCGACAUUUCAGGAGACGGACAAGUUCAUUACAGAGUUGCGAUCCGAGGACCCUGAACGUGACAUCAUGAUCCAGGUAACUGAUGCCAAGCGCCAAUCGUUUGACAGAAAUGUCCGUAUGCCCUACCUGCAAGCCCUCGUGGACUGCCUCCGUCAGCGGUUCCCAGGGCUACCUGUGAUUUCUGCGUUGGGCAUAUUUGACACCCGCAACUUGCCCCACCGGACUGAAGUGGCUGAGUAUGAUCUUCCCCAGCUGAAUAUUCUCCUCGACGAGCUCGAUGCUGACGACAUCCCCAGCGACUCCGCGACGCACUUGGUCGUCGAUCCAACUCAGUGCCGGCUUGAGUGGACCGCACUGAAGUCAGCAAUGCUCACCCACCCGAACCUCCGGGCCUCGAAAGGCGUCCCGCAGAUGUUCGAGCUUCUCGCCGAGCAACAUGCUGGAGACUACCCGAACCUGGCGCGCAUCGCUGACUGGGGAUUGGCCAUUUGCCUGUCCACUGCUGAAUGCGAGCGAGACUUCAGCUUGUUGAAGCUUGUGAAGACGGCGAUGCGGAACUCGCUGUCGACGAGGAAUCUGGAGAUGAUCAUGGCAAUCAAGCUCGACGUUCCUGCUGUCGCCGACUUCAACUACGACAAGGCUAUGGCUGCAUGGCAUUCUGAGGUGACUCGGCGCACUACGACUGCAACGUCAACCUCGUCUGAACGGAGGGACCUGGCCUGCACACCCAGAGCAGCAGCGGCGGCAGCAACGCCAGCAGCAGCAACAGCAACGCCAGCAGCAGCAACAGCGCCACUAGCAACAGCAGCGCCAGCAGCAGCUGCAGCUGCAACAGCAGCGCCAGCGCCAGCAGCAGCGCCAGCAGCAGGAGCAGCAGCAGCAGCCGUUCUCUCGCCUUCAUCUCUGGUGCGGGUGUAA